AUGUUGAAGGAAGAAAUAAUGGAUUUGAUUAAUAAGUCAUCUUUAACAAUAUCAACAGAAGGAGUGGUAGCUCCUCCAGGCGAAGUAAAGUCUAACUUAGAUAUUACAACAAGCCUUGAUGAAGUUGCAAAUAAUGAGAAUCUUAAUCUUUCAGGGUUAAAUAACCAAGUAGUAUCAUCGCCAUUAUCUCCAAAAAAUUUGCAAUUAAGCCUUUCAAAUAGGAGUGUGAAACAAAAUCACACGAAUUUGAAAAGCUCACUUGGUAGAAAAGAUGGAUCUCUGAGUGCUUUGUUUUCUCAGCAAUUAGGAGGUGUAAUCAGUAAUUUAAAUUCAAAUAGUAAUUCUUCGAUUACUACAACCAGUUUGAGUCCAAUAGUUGUCACAGAAACAAGUAGUAGCGGGCUUCUCCAUUCUCCUGCUCCUUUAAUGAGUCAUUCAUCUCUUCCUCUUUCAACAAAACAGAAGCUUGGACAGAUUCAAGGUCAGUUGCUUGGGCUGGAGAAACAAUUAAGAAAUGACACUCGGCAAAAAAGGGAGUACGAGGAGAGCAGGCUUCAAGUACUCAAGGAGAAUACAAUGAAAUUAAAAAAAGCCAUAGAAACAGAGAACCAACAAAGGAAUGAGGCCCAAUCUAAUAUGAAAAGAAAUUUUGAAGAACAAAUGUCAUCAAUUCAACAAAGAUUGGAAGAUGUGUUUUCUGGAAAACUGGAUCAACUUUCAAUAGCUUGCAAAAGUUUAGAUGAAAGGUUGUCUAUAAUUGAGAAGGAAAUGGCUAGUGAUAGAUCACAGAUUAUUGAAGAAUUUGAACAUAAGCACCAAAGUCUUGUAAAUGAAAUAAUGAAUGCCAAGUCAAUUGCCGAAAGAGAAUAUAAUAUAGCAGAAGAAAAAGAGGAGCAAAUGAAGCUGUUCUUGAAAGAGCUUGAAAACCAUGUAGAGGAGGAAAUUAGCAGAGAAGUUAAUAAUAAGGAGAUAGUUUUGAGUUCCAUUAAUGAUAAUUUUAACCAACUUAAGGACAAAAUUGAAAAGACUCAAGAUAAAUUCCAAAAUUUUGUACUUGAGGAAAUUGCUCACAUCAAAAAUGAUAUUGCAAAGGAAUCUCAGAAUAGAGAAGCUGCAGAUGAUGAUAUUGUCCAGGCUUUAAACCAAUAUACAAAGGCUCUUCAGGACGUAUUAAAAAUCAUUUGUUAG